UCUCCUCCUCCUCUCCCGUCUUUCUAAUCUGGGAGGACAGCAGGAUGGAGGACAGGGUGUGGACUGUGUGCCUUCUUGUCCUUUUUUUGACAUUUGGACAGACUGAUGCUCAGACUCAGACUAACACAACUAACUUAAGGCCAAUCUUCCCCUGCGGAGGCCACCUGGUCACUGACUCUGGCAUCGUGGCCAGUGAAGAGUUCCCCAGUUACUACAAACCCAACAGUAAAUGUACCUGGUACAUCACUGUUCCAGAGGGUCAUGUGGUCAUGUUGUCUUUUCGCCUCUUCGACAUGGAGGCUGACCCCACCUGUCGGUAUGACUAUCUGGACGUCUACAAUGGUCAUACGCGCCUUGUGCAGAAGCUGGGCCGUUUCUGUGGGACGUUCAGGCCGGGUGCCCUCAUCUCCACCUCCAACACUAUGAUGUUGGAUAUGGUGUCAGAUGAAAGCACAGGAGGAAGAGGUUUUCUAGCUUCCUUCAAUGCAGGGAAGCCACAUAUGGAAGAGGACCAGUUCUGUGGAGGCCGGCUGACCAAAUCUCAAGGCUCUGUGAAGACGCCCAACUGGCCCAACUCUAAUUACCCAGCUGGUAUCAGCUGCUCCUGGCAUAUCUCCGUAGAGCCAAGCAAUGUAAUUGAAGUGAAGUUUGAGAAGCUGGACCUGGAGGCUGAUGUAUACUGCCGUUAUGACUAUGUGGCAUUGUUUAAUGGGGGAGAAAGUGAUGAUUCAAGAAGGAUCGGGAAAUUCUGUGGUGAUAGACCUCCAGAAACUAUCGUGACAAAUGGCAACGAGCUCCUUGUCCAGUUUGUGUCAGAUCUCAGUGUGACUUCAGAUGGAUUUAUGGCCUACUACUCCAGCGUGCCCCGUGGGUCCCGAAGACCUACAGCUGGAGGUGACUUCAUUUAUGGACCUAAGACCACCUCCAAGCCACAAAAACCAACUGUGAGGCCAAGCAAACCAAUUAAACCAACACCAAAACCCACUCCUAGACCAUCUCCCAAACCAACAUCGAAGCCAACCACGAAGAAAUCUUUAAAACCAAAACUGAUCCCUAAACCAACUCCCAAACCACCCCUAAAGCCUAAACCUGGCUUCUUGCCUAAACCUACCUCUAAACCACUCAAAAAACCUCCAGUAAAAACUCCGCUGGUAAAGAAACCUCCACUUCGUAAACCUAUUUCUAAGCCCACAGUCAAGCCAACAUUUAAACCCACACCAGCUAAGCCCAGACUAGCUAAACCCACACCUAAGCCACCAAUGAAAAAGCCCACAGCUAAAGCAACGGUUAAACCUAUAUCCAAACCCAAGAUUAUCAAACCAACCAUCAAGCCAAGCAUCAAAGCUAAGUCCACACGCAAACCUGUCGUGGUCAAGUCCACCAUGAAGCCUCGAGUCAAACCAGUGAAGCCAACCCCAAAGACUGUAAAACCAACAGCUAAACCCAAAAUGAAAACCACACCGUCACCUAAGCCAGGGCCAAGCAAGUCAGUGACCAAGAAGCCUAUUGUCAGCAAGAAACCUUUACCCCUCAACCCACAGUGUACACAACCUUGUAAGAGGACAGGAACCCUCCAGUCCAGCUUCUGCCCUCAUGACUUCGUGAUUGCAGGGAGGAUUACAUAUCUUGCCGCUGGUCCACAGGGCUCAGCAUCAUUUGAGGUGAUUUUGAUCAAGACCUUUAAGGCAGGAGGUCUCAACAUCAAAAAAUCAGGACCCAUUAAAUCGGUCACACUAACUUCUACCUGCAAGAGAUGCCCUGGCCUUAUCAAAGGAAGCAACUACGUGUUGAUGGGAAAAGUUGACGCUCAGGGUAACGGACACCUGAAUCCUUCCAGCUUCACUCUCCUCUAUAAGCCCAUUCAUACCAAAGCACUGGACAUCCUGUCACGCAAAUCAUGUUGACAUCCCAACUUAGUCUACCACACAGAUCAACAAUCCUGGAAAAAAAGUAACUUUUAGAAGGAGCGGAAAUACUUUUUAACAAUAUUCUGAAAGGUUUUUAUAUAAUAAAAGCCGCCACAUUUUAGAUACUGAACAUGAAGUGUUUCAUUUAAUUUCAUUUUGUAUUUUGUAUGUAAAUUAUAUAUUAAAUGGUAUCUCUUUGAAGAAGAUGCAUAAUAAAACACAGUUGUUGGAAUAAUUUGUAUAUCUCAUUAAUUUCAUGAUAAACAGUGCAAAAGAUUAAAAAAAGGACUAUGGAUCACUCUUGAGAACAAAUUGCUGGUAAAGUUGUUAUUUAAACAGGUAAGAAUGUUUUAAUCAAUGUAGUUUACAUGGCUGGUAAUACUGAAAUAAUGUCAUAAGUCAUU